UAGGUCUCGUGUCUGGAAAGAUACUUCACGUCUGCUCGAUCCCCACAAGAAAGGAAAUGGAAAACGGGCCGACUGAGAGAUGGCGUGUUAGGGUGAACGAAAGGCUGAACAAGACGUCGGAAACCACCAUACGAGGCACUCUCGCGAAGAUAAUCAGAAAUCUUAAUAAAGAUGAUCCAAGGCCAACUGUGCCUCUCGGCCAUGGCGACCCCUCCAAGUUUCCCUGCUUCCGAACUACCCCCGUAGCUGAAGAUGCCAUUGUUGAUGCCGUCCGCUCCGCUAAGUUUAACUCUUAUAUACCCAGUGGUGGAAUUCUGCCGGCAAGGAGGGCUAUAGCAGAUUAUCUGUCUCGUGAUCUUCCAUACGCAUUGUCAGCAGAUGAUGUUUAUCUCGCACUGGGAUGCAAUCAAGCAAUUGAAGUAAUACUGACAGUUCUAGCCUGCCCGGGUGCCAACAUUCUGCUUCCAAGACCCGGUUUCCCAUACUAUGAGGCUCGUGCGGAAUAUCUGCAACUCGACGUCCGUCAUUUUGAUCUUAAUCCAGAAAAGGGUUGGGAGGUUGAUCUUGAGGGUGUUGAAGCCCUUGCUGAUGAGAAUACCGCUGCCAUUGUCAUCAUAAACCCCGGCAAUCCUUGUGGAAGUGUCUAUACACACCAACAUUUGAAGAAGAUUGCAGAGACAGCAAGAAAGCUGGGCAUUCUGGUGAUUGCAGAUGAAGUUUAUCACCACCUCACAUUUGGAACAAACCCAUUUGUGCCAAUGGGUGCAUUUGGAUCAAUAGUGCCUGUCAUCACUCUGGGGUCUAUAUCAAAGAGAUGGCUAGUACCAGGUUGGCGACUUGGUUGGCUAGUGACAUGUGAUCCUAAUGGCAUCCUUCAAAAAUUGGGGGUUGUAGAAUGCAUUAUGGGUUGUAUGGAGAUGACAUCUGAUCCGACAACAUUUAUUCAGGGUGCGAUUCCACACAUCCUUGAAAAAUCUGGGGAGGAAUUCUUUUCAAAAACUAUUGACGCCCUUAGGGUUGCUGCAUACACAUGUUAUGAUAGAAUUAAGGAAAUCCCUUGCAUUAUUUGCCCAAACAAACCAGAGGGAUCCAUGUUUGUGAUGGUGAAGCUAAAUAUCUCAUCAUUGGAAGACAUUAAUGAUGAUGUGGAGUUUUGUCUCAAGCUGGCUAAAGAGGAAUCAGUUAUUGUUUUACCAGGGGCCGCUGUUGGAAUGAGAAAUUGGUUGCGCAUAACUUUCGCAAUUGAUCCUUCAACUCUUGAAGACGGACUCGAGAGAAUUACAGCCUUCUGUCAAAGGCAUGCCAAGAAAAAAUAAUAUCUAUUCAAAGUUACAAGAUUGAGCGGUGGUGAUCAACAACUAUGCGUUGGAUCUCAUGUUCAAGCAGGUUUCUCGUAGUGCUUUCCAUGAAUUUCAGGAAAAAUAAUUGUGAUGGGAUUUGUUAAUAAAACUCUCUCUUUGAUGUUUUGCUACUCAAACGAGGCAUAACAGACAGAGGACGAUGAUCGGCAACUUCUUGUUGCAUGAUCUUGUGUUGUUAUUGUUAUGUUGGUCAACAUCUCGUUGUAUGAUCCAUACUCUUAUGCAAUACAUAAAAGAUAAGAUUUCAGUCAA